GACGCGUAUAGCAGGAAUCAAACGGAUUGUUUUCGAGCUGGGCUGUCUUUGCUGCUGCCUGCGACUUGAUGCCAGACAGUCUUGGCGGGUAAGCUGGUAAGCUCGCUGACUCCAAGAGACAGCUUUGAUGUGCUGCAGCUGUAUGCAGAGCUUAUACGCUGACUCUAAUAUGCGACUUACGAGAUUACUGAGGCCAUUGGCCUAGGCAGCUCGAGUUCAGCUUAUGGCUUGCUGGCAUAUGAGCCUGAGAGGGGGACAGUAGAGGAGGUAUUUGAGCAGUCGUGAAUCAGGGCUACAAUGAGUGAGUUUAUGAUAUCUCGCGCUUGAAGGCUACGCACCCAGACCUUUCAGACGAGAACCCUCAAUAACAUGACGGCCAAGACUGAGACCCAGCCCCAAACAGGAGGCCCCUUGGAGAAGGUCGAGCCCGACUCCUCCUCCACCAAGGGCCCUAUCUCAGGGGACAACACCGACACAGAGCGAGGCAAAGAUGCCGUCGUUGUCGAGCCCGUUCGUACCGUCACCGGAAUCAAGUGGUACCUUAUCGUCUUCGCCAUCCUCUCCUCAACCUUCCUCUUCGCCCUAGACAACACCGUCGUCGCCGACGUGCAGCCGCAGAUCGUGCUGCAAUUCGACUCUAUCAAGGACAUUGCGUGGCUUGCCGUCGCUUUCAUCAUGGCGGCCACGGCCGUCAACCUGUUUUAUGGCCAGCUAUAUUCACAUCUCAAGCCCAAAUGGCUUUACAUCGCUAGUGUCGCCGUGUUCGAGGCGGGCAGCGCGCUCUGCGGUGCAGCGCCGAACAUGAACAGCCUUAUCGUCGGAAGAGCCUUGUGCGGUCUCGGUGGCGUUGGUAUGUAUCUCGGUGUCAUGGUCCUCAUCGCCGCUACGACGACGAUUCAGGAGAGGCCUGCGUAUCUUGCUAGCAUCGGGAUUACGUGGGGGCUUGGGACGUUGCUUGGGCCAGUGGUAGGAGGUGCCUUUGCUGACUCGGAUGCGACGUGGCGCUGGGCUUUCUACAUCAACCUCCCCAUCGGCGGCCUAGCUGCACCCGUGUAUCUGUUCAUGCUCCCGUCCCCUGAUCCUCAGCCCGGCGCGACCAUCCUACAGCGGCUGGUUGAAGUCGACUGGAUCGGUGCUCCGCUGAUGCUAGGCGCCAUCGUCUGCUUCACCAUGGGCAUCUCCUUCGGCGGCGUCUUAUACGAAUGGGACUCGGGCUCCGAAAUCGCCCUCUUCGUCGUCGCAGGCGUCCUGUUCAUCGUCUUCGGCAUCCAGCAAGCGUACUGCAUCGGCACAACCAAGAAACGACGCAUCUUUCCAGUCGAGCUCAUUACCUCUCGGAAAUACUACCGGACCAUCAUCCUCAUGUUCUGCGUCACGGCCGCCGGGGGCUGCGCCAUUUUCGUGCCGGUGUACUUCGUUCCUAUCUUCUUCCAGUUCACGAGGGGAGACAGCGCAAUUGAAGCGGCUGUCCGUCUGUUGCCGUUCAUCCUGGUGAUGGUCACUGUGACUCUGACGCAAGGAGGCAUGCUGUCGCAUCCAUCGGGGAAAUUCGGGCUGUACAUGCCAUGGUUCACAGUCGGCGGUAUCAUUAGUGUCAUUGCUUCCACAUUGAUGUACGUCGUCAAGACCGACACUAGCACGGCCUGGAUCUACGGGGCCUCAGCCAUGCUCGGCGCCGGCGUGGGGACUUUCACACAAGCGGGCUUCUCGAUUGCCCAGGCCAGCGUGCCAGCUCCCAAGGCUGCUGUCGCUUCCUCUCUGAUUGCCCUGGCGCAGACGAGUGGCAUCAAUAUCGCUCUGGCAGUCAGCAAUGCUGUGUUCCUGAACAGAGCUGAGAAGCGGCUGACUGCGAUCCUCCCGGACACUGUCACGGAGGACCAGAUCCAGGCUGCGAUUGCCGGUGUCGGGACGGACUUUGUCACGACGCUGCCGCCGCAGAUGCAGCAGGAAGUUCUCGAGGCUAUUGUCGAGGCUCUGAAUCUGCCGUACAUCUUGGUCAUUACUGCUGGGGCACUUGUCCUGGUCUGCAGUGUGCUGAUGAAGAGGGAACGCUUGUUCAUGACGGCUCCUGUUGGUGUUUGAAAGUCUUUGGAGCCUUGGGAACAGAGUGAGAUGAUAGGAGAUGAAGAAGAGUAAUGAAGAUGGAUAGAGAUUUGUAAUCAUGGUGACGAGAUUUUAGACGGAGAUAUCGUGGUAUAGGGGUUCUUCGAUUGGGUAUUAGAAUCUAGAUGAGACGAGCGUAAGAAUAGUGAGAAAUAAGAGGUUGAAUGUAGGACUGCUGAUGUUAGUCUUCCACCAUGAGGAUUAUCGACACGUUUUCCACUCGAAGAGACUGAGUCCUAGUCAUCACUUGGAGCAUGACUAGGCCGAGUGAAAAGAGCAGUGCUAGUGAUGAGC